CUGCUCAGAAGCCUUUUUUCCAGCUCCCGUGGCUGCCGGCUUCGGUUGCAGCGGGGCGCAGUAGCAGGACUGGCGGAGCCGCAGCCGCCCGGAAAAACCCUAUCGGAGGCUAUGUUUCUCUGUUCCAGGAGAAGGGACCGUGGUGAAGAUGUCGGCCCUCAACUGGAAGCCCUUUGUGUACGGGGGGCUGGCCUCCAUUACAGCAGAAUGCGGUACUUUUCCAAUUGACUUAACGAAGACACGGCUCCAGAUUCAAGGCCAGACAAAUGAUGCAAACUUUAAAGAAAUCAGGUAUCGAGGAAUGUUGCAUGCGUUAGUGCGGAUAGGCAGAGAAGAAGGGCUGAAAGCUCUGUACUCAGGAAUUGCCCCUGCAAUGUUACGCCAGGCUUCCUACGGCACUAUCAAGAUAGGCAUUUACCAGAGCUUGAAGCGGCUGUUUGUUGAACACCCAGAAGAUGAAACUCUACUGAUAAAUGUGGUGUGUGGAAUUCUCUCUGGAGUCGUAUCCUCAACCAUCGCUAAUCCAACUGAUGUUUUGAAAAUACGGAUGCAGGCACAAAGCAGCACCUUUCAAGGUGGAAUGAUAGGCAACUUCAUUAACAUUUACCAGCAAGAGGGAGCAAGGGGACUGUGGAAGGGCGUGUCCCUUACGGCCCAGAGGGCUGCCAUUGUUGUCGGCGUGGAGCUACCGGUCUACGACCUCACCAAGAAGCAUCUGAUUCUCUCGGGCCUAAUGGGAGACACUGUGUAUACCCACUUCCUCUCAAGCUUCACCUGUGGUCUGGCUGGGGCGCUGGCCUCCAACCCCGUCGAUGUUGUGAGAACACGGAUGAUGAAUCAGAGAGUCCUUCGGGAUGGCAGGUGUUCUGGCCACACAGGUACCCUGGACUGCUUGUUACAGACAUGGAAGAAUGAAGGGUUUUUUGCUCUGUAUAAAGGAUUUUGGCCAAAUUGGUUGAGACUUGGUCCUUGGAAUAUCAUUUUCUUUGUGACAUAUGAGCAGUUGAAGAAAUUGGAUUUGUGACAAGUCAAGGCUGCCUGAGACGGCGCUCUGCAAAGGCUCCCUUCCGAAACAAUAAAGCUUCCUGCGUGUCACGCUGCUUCUCACUGCUUGGUUCAUCGCAGAUUCUGAAGCGUGAGCAACAGAUGAGGAUGGGGUUAGUUCCGGUUGCUGUGUGUGGGCAGCCGUGCCUCAGAUGUCUCAUGCUAGAAACGAGCAUCCGAACGCUAGUCCUUACCAUGCAAGUGCCCUUCGACUCCAUGACCGCGUGUGGAACGCAUGUUUCUUGCUGAAGAAAACCUGCGAGAAGAUCAGGAACUGUGUGUGGUUUUCUUCAGGGGAGAGGAGCCCCUGUUGUGUCUCAGCUCAUAGCUGAGAAUGCCAGACUGCUCUGGAGAAGCUCACAGGAACCAUGGAAUGGAGCCUCCAAGAGGGUGUUAUUGUUCCUGAACUUGUGGGGGACUGUCGCUUCUUGUCAGCUGAAGAAAUUUCACAACCUUUCAACUCCAGGUGGAAACAGUGCAGGAGGAAAUAGAUCCUUGGAAUAUUGCACUGCUUUAUAAUUUCCGAUUUCGGCAGGAUUACAAGAAGUGAUUUUCAGCCUCUGAAGGCUUGACCUUUGUGAGGAGUUGUUACAAAGUAUUGAUCUCUAAACCCAUGACGGUGGGAUGUGUUGGCUUUGAACAUGGCAGGAUCCACGUUGGUGGAAGAUCUUUGAGGCAGCUGCGGUUCAGUCUUAGGUAAUGUUAGCAAUUUGCGCCGAUUUUUAGCAAAGUUUAUUAUUUCCCAGUCUGUAAAAUGGGGAUAAUAACGCCUCUUGAUGUUGAGGGUCAAAUGAAGACAAGAGUAGCUGCUAGUACCUGCCUGGAGGGUAGGCGUUGGACCUCAGCCCUGCUGUCCCGCCAGAAUCCCGGCAUCAGCGGCCUGGUGUACAGAAGAGAGUGGUUUCAUGAAAGGAUUCUCGCUGGAAUCCCAGCAAAGGCUCUCGCCAAAGGCCUUGUGAAAAGAGAGAACACAGUCUAAGCUACAGUUUUAUUAUGUUUUCCUUUAGCAAGAUGUUGCGAGUGAAUAGAAGAGUUGACUUUUCCAGAUUUUUCAGUUUUUACUUUAGUUCGGGUUCUAUUAAGAUAUGUCCUGUCUCAGACUUCCUGUUUGGUGUUGGAUGGAAAACACUUGCUUGAAAUUUUAGAAACUAUCUCUUUAGUGCUGCACCUGUUUUCCCGUUUCUGAAAGAGGUAUAUAGUCUCUUCCUUUCUUUCUCCAAAGACAACAAAAAUCAUUCUCCCUCUUCUUUCUUGCCUUCAUAAAAAGUGACUCCAAGAGCCUGAAGAACUUCACACUUCUAGAAGACAGCCCAGGGAAGGGGACAUAGUUACUUGGGUACCUUCGGUUCUACCGUUUGAGAACAUUGAAUACACACUGACAAUGGCUCUGGGGUGGACCCUUCCGCAAUAUUAGCCAGGCAGGUUCCCAGUUUGUUCUCACCGUGGGUCACCACCUCCCUUGAACCCAGAAUCGAAGGAGUGUAGGUUUUUUUGGGGGAUCGAGCCGUUUUCCUGCCAAUCACUUUCACGUUGCCUUCUUUAUUAAUGUCUACUUCAAAAAAGAUUUUGCGAGGCAGAAUUGUUAUUUCCAAACUAGAGACAAAGUCAUUAAGAAGAGAAAGGAAGAAGUGGUAGAAUGGUGUCUAGGUGUUAAUUGAUUGAAGACUUAGUUGAAAGUCCAGAUCCCUGGGCCCACUCUAGAUGUGACUGCAGAGCUGAGCUCUCUUGGGCCCUGCUCCUGGUACUGAACCGUAUUUUUAGAUGGAGAUUUUUUUUUUCUUCCUACCAAAACAUUCCAUUAACCUGGUCAGGGCUUUCUCAGAAAGGCUUUCACUUUUGAGUUCCUUGAGUUUAAAGGAUUACUUUUUAAGAACCACUUUUUUUUUUUUUAAUGAAAACAUUAUAUUUUUUAAGUGUACAUAUAAUUUCUAAAACAGUAGAAGCAAGUCCAUUUUGAAAACCACGUAAAGAGUCAACGUCAUGCAACAUUCAUUGUAUCAAUUUUUUCAGAUUAUGUACAUGUUCAUACCAGGAUGAAAAGAAGCUCAAACCUCACUAUAAAACUUGAUCAUGUUUUUAAGACAAAAAUGGAGUCUUUCUCCAGUGUCGAUUUAUUAAACAUGUUCUAUAGAACAGGAUCUUAACCUGUUCUGGUUUUUCUGCUUCCUGAAGGAGUUCACGCAAGAGAGAACUUAAGGACUUGGAGACUCAGUCCCCUUAUUUUCGGGGCUGUGACUACAAGUCCCCCAACCCCCUUGGAUAUUGCUUAAAAUGUGGCAAAAGGAUUUUUAGCUUUUAUGACUAAAAUGAAGAUAAUGGAUUUUGUUUGUUUGCUUGUGGAUUUGUGUGAUCAUCGAUGCUGAAGGUUGCUGAUCUGUGAUAUAAAAAUGGCUCCUGUUCUCUAUAUUUAUUCAUGCGCUGGAAAUAGUAUGUAUUACGUAAAGACUACAUUUUUCAUAAGCCUUUAUAUCUCAAGCUCUUUAUUUAAGCAUUGUUGGAAUAUGUGGCAUAAACCUUGUUCAUUGUUUAAUAAACUGGAAUAAUACAUAAUGAUCCAAA